GUGCCUCCUUUACACUCCCGUGAAUGAAGAAGAACCUCUUCACUUUUACUCCCUGCCUGGCCUGGGUGCAUGUGUGUCUGUGAGCCUGUGAAUGUGUGUGUGUGUGUGGAGGAGAGAACCGGACUCUGCAGCUCAGCUGUGAUAAAGUGUGUGUGUGUGUGUGUGUGUGUUUGUGUGUGUGUGCCGGUGCAUGGUGUGGAGAGGCAGUGGCCUUGUGGCUGUGUUUAGAGUUCACUCCCGGAGUCAGAUUAAGCCGGUAGGAUCCGUUCCACCACGUCUGAGAUGAGGCUAGAGCUUCAGGUGGUGGUGUUGCUGCUGGUGGCCCUGUGGACAGCCAGCGGCCACGCAUGGUUCUGGAAUGAGCCCGAUACCUCACCUCCGGCCACAACAGUGGAUUCCCCUGAGGGUUCUACUGCGACGGGGACCGAAGAACCAGAACAGCCAAUGGAGACCACUACAGAUGUCGGAGCAGAGGUGGUCGACGUCGCAAAUGGGAUCCGUAAACUUGUAUCGACUUGGGAGCCGACGACAGAAGCGCUUCAGCUGACAACUGUGAAGCCUACAUCCCUACCACACGAAGAGGAUUCCCAGCCAGAGAAUAAGGAUUCCCAAACAGAGAAUGGGAAAACUCAACCAGAGAAUGUGGAAGCUGAAAAUGUCACCACUGGGGUUCCAACAGAUGCAGAGAAACUGGGUAAUGGUUCCUCAUCACCAGAAGAAGCUAAAGAGAGAUCAAUAACAACCCCGAUAUCCAGAACAACCCCUUCACCAGGGCCCACCCAGGCAUCAGUCACAGGCUGGGCAUUGGUGACCAAUCAAUCAUACUCAUUUGAUCCUUUUUUAGACACUAUCCACACACCAAAGACUGGCCACCAGCAUAGCCUAACCGGUCAGAAACCUGUUGCUACCCCAACAGCUCUAUCCAGCCUGGCUCCUCUUGAAUGCAAUAAACCUGCAACUGACACACCGGUGGGGGCGGUGGUGGCACCCCAGAACUGCUUGUUCCCAGAAACCAGCCUUCCUUUCUGCUCCUUCAAUGGCGGGGACAGCUUUGCGGUGCCCAAUCACUUCAACCAUAGCUCCAUCGAGGAGGUCCAAGCCCACUUUAGCCAGUGGACUUGGCUGCUGCGCUCCCGUUGCCACCAUAGCUUGGAAUGGUUAUUUUGCCUACUGCUGGUGCCAAAGUGUGGCCCCGGGGCCCGGCUGCCUUGCAGGAGUUCGUGUGAAGUGUUGCGCGACAGUUGCUGGACCAUCCUGGAUGAGGGACGCCUCCCGGUGGAGUGUCAAAUCCUGCCCGACGACCAGUGUUUGUCCCUUAGUAACCAGAAAGACGAAAGCGGGGUCACCCUGCUGCAGCUCAUCGGGGACCCCCCUCCCGACACCAUCACCCAGAUACCGGGGCCCGACAACAACCCCAGCUACGUCUUCGGCCCCGACGCCAACACGGGCCAGCUGGCGCGCGCCCACUUCCCCAGCCCCUUCUACCGCGACUUCUCCCUCAUCUUCCACCUGAAGCCCACCUCAGACCGCGGGGGGGUGGUGUUCUCCAUCACGGACGACUCACAGCAGGUCAUGUACGUGGGGGUGAAGCUGUCAGAGGUGCAGGGGGGCCGGCAGAGUGUGGUGCUGUACUACACGGAACCCGGCUCGGAGGAGUCGUACGAGGCGGCCCGCUUCACCGUGGCGUCCAUGCGGGGCACGUGGACGCGCUUCUCCCUGGCCGUGCACGACGAGAAGGUCACCUUCUACCCCAACUGCGACAUGGAGUCCCAGGUGGUGCGCUUCGAGAGGUCCCCCGACGGCAUGGACCUGGAGGCCGGGGCCGGCGUGUUCGUGGGCCAGGCCGGAGGAGCCGACCCUGAUAAGUUCUUGGGGGUGGUCGGUGAGCUCAGAGUGGUAGGGGAUCCCCGUGCUGCAGAGAGACACUGCGAGGAAGACGGGGAUGACACAGAUGUGGCUUCAGGAUUUGGAAGUGGCUACGGAGAGGAUGAACGAAGUUCCCCAACGGCCACCCCGCCGUCCUCCGUUCCCAUCCAGCAGCCCCCCGUCACUAGGCAACAGGAGGUGUUAGUAGAAAGACAGACCGCCAGUGACUCCCACCUGGUGGAGGCUGCCUCCAGCGCUGGGCUCCCUGGAACCGCAGGCUCCGCAGGCAGCAGGGGGGGGAAAGGUGACCAAGGGGAAAGGGGAGAGAAGGGCGACAGGGGUCCCAUUGGGCCCCAGGGGGAGCAGGGAUCCGGCUCGACCAGCUCGCGAGGAGGAGUGCGGGGAGAGAAGGGAGAACCAGGAGAAAAAGGACUCAAGGGCAGUGCCGGGUUCGGCUACCCUGGGAAGAAGGGCGACAGCGGGUCCCCCGGGCCGCCCGGCCCAACUGGCGCCGCGGGCCCCUCGGCCGAGCUGCUGGAGCGCACCCCCGGCUCCGUGGUGGAGCGGGUGGCUGGCCCCCCGGGGCCCGCUGGUCCACCAGGGGCCCAGGGACCUGCAGGAACCGACGGAGAACCGGGUGACCCUGGUGAAGACGGCAAGGCAGGCCCUGUUGGACCUUCAGGAUUUCCAGGAACCCCUGGUGAUGCUGGAGUUAAAGGAGAAAAGGGAGACCGUGGAGAAGCUGUACCUGGUCCAAGGGGACCCCCUGGACCCCCUGGCCCACCAGCAACAGGAUCCAGAUCAACCUUUGUGGACAUGGAAGGCUCAGGUUUUACAGACCUGGACUCUGUUCGGGGAAUGCCUGGACUACCUGGCCCCCCAGGGCUCCCUGGACCUCCAGGGCCCUCUACCGCUGUUGGCGUGGGAACAGCCACAAGCUCCGGGGCCUUUGGACCCCCAGGAAAGGACGGAGCACCCGGUCAAUCCGGUCUACCUGGACUUCCGGGGACCGAUGGCGUGGCAGGACUUCCCGGUCCGACGGGAGCUAAGGGCGAAGCCGGCGAGUUGGGUCUUCCAGGGGCAAUCGGAGAGAAGGGUGCUGUAGGACAGCCGGGGUUGCCGGGCCAACCAGGGGAAGGUGGAUUUGCCGGCCUGCCUGGGCCAAUGGGACCGGUCGGUCAGCCCGGGCCCCCAGGGCCCCCCGGUGGUGUUGGUACUGGUCGAGUUGGAUUUGAUGACAUGGAGGGUUCCGGUGGAAUCAUGUCCAAUGGACUUCCUGGCGUUAGCGGACCUGAAGGAAGACAGGGUCAGGCUGGUGUACCUGGUUUUCCUGGUCGGGCUGGUCUCCCGGGCAUACAUGGGCAGAAGGGCAGUGAAGGAGCUCAGGGACGAGAUGGGAAGCCAGGACUGGACGGUUUCCCCGGCCCUCAGGGACCAAAGGGUGCCUUCGGCGAAAAAGGAGAACUGGGUCAACCGGGCAGAGAUGGCACUGGACUCCCCGGACCUCCUGGCCCACCUGGAACACCCGGACAGAUCAUCUACCAAUCGUCUGGAAACCAGGACGGCACGACCGGCAUCGGCGGGCCUCAGGGUCCCCAUGGUUCACCUGGCCAAGCUGGAUUCCCUGGCCCGAUUGGACCCAAAGGAGACAGCGGAGACCCAGGUCUGCCAGGCUACGGUGUGAAGGGGGAGAAGGGCGAGGCAGGGCUGGUGGUCGGACCCGACGGAAGCCCCCUGACCCUGGGAGGGCUGGCGGGCCCAAAGGGUGCCAUCGGAGCUAAUGGACCUGUUGGGCCUCCUGGUCCUUACGGCUCUCCUGGAUAUAAGGGGGAAAUGGGGAUGCCUGGAAGAUCUGGCCGACCGGGUGUGAACGGAUACAAGGGAGAGAAGGGAGAUGCAGGGGGCGGCACAGGAUACAGCUACCCGGGGCCCGCAGGACCACCAGGGCCGCCUGGGCCCCCUGGCCUUCCCACGCCUCUGGACCGCUUCAAUCGCUAUGACACUUCAGUGGACUACCCAGCGACUAAAGGAGAGAAAGGGAUGCAAGGAGACCGCGGGUUACCAGGCACAUCGUCUAACUUGGACCUAUAUGCAUUCAAGAACGAGCUGAAGGGAGAGCGCGGAGACAAUGGGGUGAAGGGGGAGAAGGGAGAGCCGGCUGCAGGGUUUUACGAUCCCCGGUUUGGUGGGGUUCAAGGAGCAGCAGGCAGCCCGGGCCCACAGGGUCCAAAGGGAGACUCCAUCAUGGGCCCCCCUGGACCCCAGGGACCACCUGGACCCACGGGUAUCGGGUAUGACGGCCGUCCAGGAGCCCCAGGCCCCCCAGGACCUCCCGGACCCACUGGAUCCCCCUCUUUACCGGGGCCCUACAGGCCCAACCACUCCUUCCAUGUCCCUGGACCCCCAGGGCCCCCUGGGCCCCCAGGAGCCUCAGGCCACUCCUCUGGGGUGAUGGUGCUGAAGUCCUACGACACCAUGCUGGCCCAGGCCCGUCGCCAGGAGGAGGGCAGCCUCAUCUACUGCCUAGACAAGGCCGACCUCUACCUCCGUGUCCGCCACGGCCUGCGCCAAGUCAUGCUCGGAGACUACAAUCCCUUCUACAGAGACUCGGAAAACGAGGUGGCUGAGGUCCAGCCCCCACCUGUGGUCAUCUACACACAGUCCCAGGACCAGUCGGUCAACGGGGCCGGCCACUACUCCCAGGGGGGGGCCGACACGCGCCCCGUGGACCAGCCGCCGCCGGCCCACCACCCCCACCACCACCAGCAUCACCAGCAGGAGACCCCCAGGAGGGAACACGCCCCCCAGCCCGACCCCCGCUAUCCCCCGCACUACGACCCCCGCUUCCCCGACCCGAGGUACCCCGGUCAGACGGCCGAGCGGGCCAACCCCCCACCGCCGCCGCCCCAGCAGCCUGAGGUCCGCCACCCGGUCACCGCCAGGAGGCCCCACGUCCCCCCGGCGGCCCCCAAGCCCGCCGCUCACGUACACACCUCCGGACCCGGGCUCCACCUCAUCGCCCUGAACUCGCCCCAAACCGGCAACAUGCGAGGGAUCCGCGGCUCCGACUUCCUGUGCUUCCAGCAGGCGCGAGCCCUGGGGCUGAAGGGGACCUUCCGGGCCUUCCUGUCCUC